GUCAUUUGUCACCCUCUGCCGACCGAACCCGUCGCGAACCCGUCGCUGUUGAAAGCAAGAUGAGUUGGAUCUGGGGAAGCGAUGCCACUGCCGAGCAAGCCAACAUGGUCGUAAUGUCGUUGCAAGGAGAAUUGGACGAACGGCAGGCUACGAUUGAGGUGUUGGUGAAGGCUCUGAAGAAGGAAAAGGAGGAGUACAAGCAAGCGCUCGUCGACGAAGUCCACGACCUUCGCGAACGCAAACAAGCACUCCAGGACGAACUCGCACAUAUCGACGCGCUCAUCAGUGCCAAAACGCAGCAGAUCACACUUGGCGACAAGCCCAAACCCAAGGUCCGUGCCACCGUGGCCGUCGGGUCCACUGCCUCACCAGCACAAGCAGCUGCUACGUCAUCAUCCUCGUCCCAGCCUACUAGCGCGCCGGUCGACAAGCCAAGGAAGAAGAAGGCCGCCCCCAUCACAAAGAACACUGGAGAACCCGAGGCAGAAGCGUCCGUCCAAGGUGUUAGCAGCACCAUCAUGCUCCCCACACACCCAGAGUUGCUCAAAGUGCGAGGCAUCGAUGCGCACUCGGCAUUCAUUAUCCAGCGCAGCAACAACGCCAACACGGUCGUGUACAAGGGCAACGUCGUCGCCCCGUCCAACUUGCUGGACCCCAAGACCCCUCUGCACAUUUACUGGAUCAUGUUUGCCCUGCCCGGCCAUCCCACGGAAGAGCUCAAUGUCAUCGAGCGCAACACCGCGUACGGCGCGACGGCGACGGCGACCUCGUCCGGGGAAUUUGACGUGGCGUUGGCAUCCCUCAAAGACCGCCGCAUCGCCAUCUUCGUCGACGCGAGUGGUCACGUCCGUGCGCGCACAACAGUCGACGGCAAGCCCAACGUGUACCUGGAGCGGGUGUUUGUGCAAUCGACGACCAGUUGGGGGCUGCCCAAGGUCGAAUACGUGGAGAUCUUUGCAGUCGAUCCAGUCACCCACGAGCAAGUGUAUGAGAAGAAAUUCCCGUAAUUUUACUUAGAUAACGAGCGAUUUCGUCAUAUGAGACCAAGA